AUCGGGACCGACCUCUCCGCCGUCGUCGAAUCUCAGAUCAAUAAUGACGGGCUCUUCUGGAGCCAUCGACUUCCAUUCGCUGAUCUCCUACAGCGACGACCUCGUUCGUGCCUUGAAGGACCAAAAUGACCUCAACAACUUGACCCACUGCAUCCAAACUUCCCAUUCCCUCCGCUCCGACACCGAUUCCGACCUCGCCGAAGCCCAAAGAUUGCUCCGAGAUUAUGAGACAAAGUUGGAAGCUUGCAAGAAGAAGACAGAGGAGGUGAAAUCGGAGGCGGUUGCUGAUGAGGAACUGGAGCUUCUUCAGAGAGAAUUGGAUGAGGGGGUUCAGCUGGAGCAUUUGAUUCUGGAGGAGCUCAGAUGUAUCGGCAGCGACAUGGAUGAUUUGGAACACCAGAGGGUUGCGGUUGUGGAUAAGAACAAAGUGUUGAAGAAAAAGAAGCAGGAUGAGCUCAAAGCACAGAGGAAGCUCUCGAUGUAUGCUUCUGUUACGAAUAUUAUACCCAACCUGGAUGAUCAGUCAAGAAUCAUGGGCUAUAUUGUGGAUAGAGAUACAAAAAAGGUACAGAACUUUGAAAUUGACGCAGAGAAGAUGACUGCCUAUGAAACAUGUGAUAGCAUGUGGAAGAUGAUUACUCCUUGAUAGAUAUUCCAUCUUUCCCCUGAGAUAACUUUGUAUAAUGUUGUGCAAUAUUUUGGUUUUUAUUCGUCUGUGUUGCUGGAGAAGUAAUCAUUUGAUAGUUUGUAAGUUAUGAUGACAUUGUAACGCACAAGUUAAAAGCUGAUUAUUGAGAAUCUUGUUGGUGCCAAUUGGGCUAAUUUUGGGACA